AAAUGUAAACAUGGCGACUUUUAGCGUUACCAUUUUUAUGGUACUGUGUUUUCAUGCGGCUAGAGCGCAUUUCUGUGACGAAGGGUUCUACGGCCACAAGUGUGAACACAAGUGCGGAAACUGUGUGGGGGGCCCCAUCUUCUGUGACGCCGCCCAGGGUUUCUGCGUGAACGGCUGUACCUGGGGCUACCAGGGGGACACCUGCAAGGAGAAGUGUAACGCCGGUACCUAUGGAAUCUCCUGCACAGGGGUGUGCUCACCCCACUGUAACGACACCACUUGCCAUCACGUGACCGGGGAGUGCUGGGACAAGGGGUGCCACCCCGGGUACACGGGGCCCAAGUGUACUGAGACGUGCCCCAAGCACACGUACGGCGACAACUGCACCCUGAAGUGCAACUGCACGCAUGACUGCGGCUGUGACACCGUCCACGGGCUGUGUGUCACCAUCGACCAGUGUCGGGAGAUGAAGUGGAAGGCCGAGCAGGAUCUGAAGGCGGAAGCCAAACGACGCUACGAGCGACAGGCGGGGACUGAGCCAGCAUCAGGCAACACCAAACGGGGUACUCAGAUGAUGUGUUCGGUGAUGGAGAAAGAGUUUCAAGAACUCAUGCUUAAACUGACCAACAAGGUGGACAUCCCCCAAAUGCCGCUGUUUAUCGUCCUCAGUGUUACCAUGAUCAUCAUGUUCAUCUUGGGUAUAUGCGAUUUUCUCGUGCAACGGUCCAAGGAUAACUACAGAGCCAACUGGGAGAGGGAGCAUCUGGACAAGGCCCUGGAACUCGCCGAAAACAGGGGAACUUCCGAGAAGCAGGAGGAUCAACAACCGUCGGAAACUAACGCAUCUAGUGCACAAGAUCAACAAGCGUCGUAA